GAAUGAAUGGGGCAUGGAUGUUAGAUAAGAGAAAACGUUUAAAAAUAACGCAAUAGUUCAUUACAUGCAAUCUGUUUAGAUUUUGUAUAAGUUAUUUAUGCGUGGAAAUUGAAAGCCCGGCUUUUAGUCGGCUGCUGGUCGAAGAUUACGGUCGGAUCCUACCCAGAAUAUCGUCAGGCUUGUCUGAACAGUACUCGACCAGAUCCCAACAUGCAUCUUAAGAGCCCUCUCAAUGUAAAAACGUGACUCAAGCAUGCUGAUUUUGAAAUCUCAGUCGCAACUACUUCUGGUAACAUACUCGGAGUUUUCAGACAAUGAAAAACCAAAUUCUCUCGUAGAAAAUCGAAAGCAAGAUUGAGUCUGAUAAUCAAAAAUAUUUGGUUAUUCAAACAUAAGUGAUUGAAAAAAGGAUAUGAAAAAUUCUGAGUCCCCGUGAACUGUAAACUCUAAAGUAUAAAACGACGCUGUUUACCGCGAUACUCGGCGUAUAAAUACACGUGGUUAAGUUAAAGAACAAAAAGACAUAAAUCAGGCGUAAUCGCAACGGCCGUACUAUAAAUCGUCCAAUAGAGCUUGGCAGCAAGAAGCUCGGGGCGUUAGACGUCAGCUGAAAGUACUACCGGAUAUCUAAACGGAUACUAUCGAAUUGGCCAUGGCCGACGACGUGAUCCAGAAAAAAGGCCGGUCGGCUUCGAUCUGUGCACCCGGCUUCUCGACCAUGGAACAAAUACUGGGCGCGAUUCCUCCGUCGGGGGUUAAGGAGGGAAACGUUAGUAGUGGUGGUGGUGGUGGUGGUGGUGGUGGUGGUGGUGGUGGCAAUGGUGCUGGAACUCCUGAGAAUAGCACACCCACGAGGAGGCGCAGACCCGCCACGAGGUCCCAAAGCGCACGAGUUUCUGGAGCCAAUAAAAGCAUCCGACGAAAAGCUGCUGCUCAAGCCGCUGCACAGCACAACCAUCAGGAAGGGGGUGUAAAGUCAGCCCACUGCAACAGUGAGCCUCGUCUGUCGGAGAACGAUGUCAGUCCAGGUCUCAGGAGGCGCAACAGUCGUCGCGGUCAAAGCAUGCACCAUGCCCACCAUAGAAAGAGCGCUGCUUUCCUUGACGUGCCUGAUACACCGGCGCAACAACCCCAACGCGAGGAAGGCGAAGAUGAGGAUAGCUACAGAUUGCGCAGUUUUAGCCUUACCAGCAAGGGAGUCAUCAACAGAGGCGACUCGUUCAGAAGGAGGCGUUCACGUUCGAAUUCCUUGGUUCCUGCCGAGCAAGAAACUGUGCAAGCGAAAGCUCCAUCAUCGACGGAAAUCGUCUCGUAUACUGUUGCUAUUCUGGGUACUCAAGGCGUUGGAAAAACCGCCCUGAUCAGCCAAUUUAUGACUAGCGAGUGCAUCAACGCCUACGAUCGUCAAAAAGACAUACCAAGUGAACAAUCCGUCUUCAUAAUGCUGAACGGUGAAGAGAGCGAAUUGAGAUUUUUAAACAUCACAAACCCGAAGGCGGAGUUGGAUAAGAUAUCACAACCUGGCGCCUUCGUCGUGAUGUAUUCAGUUAUUGACAAGGCGUCUUUCCAACGAGCUGAAGAAUACUUGGCAUACUUACACGAUCAGGAUCUCCUUCGAGGAAGGCCAGCCAUCUUGGUUGGUAACAAGAUUGACUUAGCUCGGUCAAGAGCAGUGUCGUCGCAAGAUGGCAAGUGUAUGGCCUGUACUUAUCGUGCAAAGUUCAUCGAGGUGUCCGUCGGCAUCAACCACAAUGUGGACGAACUCUUAGUAGGGAUUCUGAAUCAAAUUCGAUUGAAGUGGAUACACGCCAGUUCCGAAAACCGUGGUGGAGGCGGAAGCGAUGGAAGCGGCCAUUGGUACAAGUCAAGAGGAGUGGUCAGAGCGAGCAUGAAGGCGCGCCAGAUGUUUACCUGGUUGUUUGGUAAAGAGGACAGCAAGUUCAAGAAUUGUGAAAAUCUUCACGUCUUGUAAUCGUAAGAUUGGCUGGACGACGCGAGGCUAACCGCAGCGAGUUAUGAUCGAGAAAAAAAAACGUAUAAUACGUGUUUCCGUCGUAUGGAAUGGAAGGCAAUAGUAUAUUGUGUGACAAGGGAUCGCCAAAUUUUGGCCCGAGUUACACGCGUUAGUUUUUAUAACAAGCGAAUGAAAAAUGUUGGAGCUUUGCGUGGUAGUCUUCGACUACUUUAGUCCUGCUAAACCGCUACGCAAAGCCCCACUUUUCACGCACGUGCGAUAAGAACGAAAUUUACGCACGCAAGUCCUUUGCUGUGAUACAGGGACUUAUGAGUAAAAAAUUUAACCGAGAUUCUGGUGACGGUUACAGGAUGGAUUUUUUUUGAUCUUGGAGCCGUAUUUGCAACUUACAAGUAUCGUAAGCCAAAAAACGGAAAGCUAGCGAAAGAAAUUUUCUGAUAGAAUAUUGAGGAUGCAAAUACAAGCGCGUGACCUAAUUUCUUUACGGAAUAGUCCCAUGAGAAAUCGUGAGAUAGCUACAAAGCUAACUUGUUUCACUAGCACUAGCACUUGAUAUCAAAUUUUUUUAUGCGGAUGCUAGCAUGAUCUAACGGUCAAGCAAAAGCAGCAAUGUAUGGCGCAUUUCGUACCAAAUCAACUCUCACAAUUAGAAACUUUUAUUAAUCCUAUACUCCUAGAUUUAUGAACUUUGUUUUCGGGAAAUAACGAUUGACUCGCAAUCAUUUGAACCUACUAAAAGGCUCACUGCUUCCUUGAUUAUUGAAAAUUUCUACAAGAUAUCGGUACCUUAAAAUGUAAGGAUUCGUUUCUUCGUUUAAUAUGUAUAACAAUAUUAUCUUGAUCUUAUCAAUAAUUUUUCACCGAAUGGUUCUCGGUUCGUUAUAAGUACGAGAAGUACAUAUCAACGGGAGAGCAUAUCUGAGUUUGAUCGUGUCAUCAAAUUAAAAAAUGAAUCUCUAGUUUAUAAUAAGUGUGCCUCAAAAAUUUGGAUUAUCGAUCAAUCUUCCUGCUAGCAAAGUCCCCAAGAAGGUGAUCGAGGUAUAAGUUAAGUUUGGUACGAAGAAGCAUGGUAUUGGGUACAAAAAGGUUAGUUUUCCUAUUUUUGAAUUUAUCGCUUUUGAAGCAAAAAUCGAUCUGAUACGUUCAGAAUAUAGAAAUAACGAUAGAAUUGUCUUUGUUAAUUACCUGGAGAAUGCUUGUGGCGAUACCAACAAACAAAAUAAGGUUAACCAACUACCGACCUCAGUAGCAUCGCUCUAACGAGUCAGUCUACGGAAUGGGAGGACUUGAGUUUAAAUCCCCAGCGUGUUGGAAAGGAUCUGAGUGGCAGAUCGCAAAAAUUGUAAGGCACAGUUCAGACGCCAAAUCGGAAAACUGAGGUUUAAACUCGAUCCGGCUCCACCUGGGCAAGGUUUUCCGCAGUUUUCCUCACUCCCUGUACUAAUGAGAUAGUUUCUAUCGAACAUAUAAGACGGCUGCAGACGCAUAAUGAUGGUUACUAAACCCCAUCCCUCUCUCGUCUUGCACAAGCCAAUCGCUUAUACGGGGACGCGUCCGAAAGAAUAUGGCGAGUUUGGUUGUAGUUAUUAUUAAUAUUAUUGAUGUUGUUACUAUUAUUAUUAUUAUUGUCAUUCUUACUAUCAUUAUUCUUGUUUGUAUUAUUAGUACGAUGAUUAUUAUAAACCUUAUUAUUCUUAAUCUUACUCUUAUUAUUCGUCUUCUUUUUCUUGGUAUUUUCAGUCUUAUUACUAUUAUUACCACUAUUAUUGUUAACUAUACGUUAGAAUGGUAGGUGAACGGACAGUGAGGUUUUAGAAUGAAAAUUUUCACUUAUUUUCCUUAAAUGCCGUUAGAGGCGAUAUUUACAAAGUUUAUCAUGGGUCGUUGUGAACACAGCGCUGCGAUGUCGUCAAUGUUUAAUAACGAACUGACGUACAAACAAGUGAAAUUUGAUUUGAUAUUUACAUUGGAAACACAUGUCAACGCAUCUUGUUUCCUUAAUCGAUAGCACAAAGUAGCCUAUAUAACCAGAGGAGACACUUGUGGCCAAAUCUUUAAUGUAUUUGAUUCAGACCCGCCAUGUUCUGAGGGCAUUUCAAUGGAACGAAAAUUUAAAUGGAUAUCGCAAUCACUGUGUAUUAGCCACCAUAUGCUCAAGGCAUUUUCGCACACGCACAAAACACAUGCGCAAAAUGGUUGGAAUCAAUACGACUUCCGAGUGUCUCCUCUGGUUGUCCGUACUCCGUGCCGAUAGUUCUAUCUAUUUUUCGGCCAAACGUGUACAAGAAUAUUCUGAAAUUCCACUGCCUAGGACCCACAAUGAAUACGAAACACAGUUUCAAAUAUCUCUAAGAAAUGAACAAUUCUAACAUUAAUGAAGGACAUAUAACCAUCUCAUUUAAAUGUUUUGUCUUUCUUUUACGAAUGUUUUCACUCAAGUUACACUUAAGUCGGUGGCUCAUAGAUGAAACCAACUUACAAACAAAAAGAAAUCCCCACUCCACACUGAGAAAAAUACGGCUAUGCCAACCAGAUUUCUGGUUCUUGAAACCAUAGUAGAGUCUUUGGAUACCACAGUGGAACGUUAAAGUACCCGAUGUACUCGGCUAACGCAAACGAGACGGUUUAGCUGCAGAAGCUCAAUAAUUUGCAUUGUCGGACUGAAGUCGCUGCCUGUUACUUAUCGCGCAAAGAUCCAAAAAGUUUGCUUGGUUUAGCUAUAUAAUAUGUGUGAUUUCCACACCAUGCAUAUAGCUUCCACAGCUAUGCCGAGACAGUUAACGUACCUGUCAAAAAGCCUUUCUCUCUUAAAUGGGGAGCAUCUUUCUGGGUAGUUUUAUUUGUCGUUAGAGUAAACACACGUAAGCGACUGAACGGAGUGGCUAUCACAGCAAUAUGUAAUCGCAAUGAUACAAUACUUAUAUUUGCAGUAAGUGAUACGCGUACAACUAUCAUUACUUCUAUUACACAAGCCACUUCGUUUUUCAGUGUAGAAAGUCAUUAAAGAACUGAAAGUUUCAUUUGAUGCAGCUAUUUUUACAUUUGAUCGUGCAAAUUACUUUCAAAUCUUUGGUUUGCCAAUAUACGAAAGCUCAAUAUUAUGUGAUUUCGGAUGCAGGAUUUGGAGAAAAAGGCGUUGGGCUGUCUUAGUUUCCAACAGAUAUUCUAUUAAACAUAUACUGACAAUAUUCCGCCAGUGGUUCUUGAACAAAAUUUAGGUUCUGCUCUGAAUACCUUGAAUAUUGUUUAUAACCGUUUGCAGUUGACAAUCGAAAGAGAGUCAAACAACAGAAUUAGUUUCCUCGACACAUUUGUAAUCAAAAAUAAAAACCUUAUUAUAACUGACUGGUAUCAAAAACGUAAUAUUCCAUGCCAAAAACUUGGAUUUAAUUUUAAAGCUGCUGCCGGAUAACAAUAAUCCUUCACAUUAAACCGAAAUUACUGUAAUGCUUACGGAUCGACCUUUUUGCGUAAUAAACCUAAUAAGGAAUCAGGUUUCAUGAUCGAGAAUACUGCAAGAUUUGCAAGGAUAAGUGCGUUUGUUUUUCCGUACGUGAAAAGGCAAUCAGAAUCAAUCGGAUUUAAUUCAAAUAGAUUUGUGAAAAGUACGCUCAAGAAAACAAACAAUUUACCUUCCCUGUUUGUGCUUCCUAAAAAUAAGGAAACACAAGAGAAAUGUUCAAACAAAUUUCUUCGAAUCCCAAGCGAUUACUACAACAAAUGCGACGCGGGCCAAACAAGUAGGUUACUAUGGACUAAAAUUCAUAAACAUAAGAGGAAUCUUUUUUGUGAUAAAGAUAAACAAACUGCCCUAAAGACGCACAAAGUAGAUCAUAAUCAUACUUUUAAUUACACUGAUGCAAUAAGAUUCAACCGGGAGAAAGAUUACGAUUAGAAAUUGUGUUACGUAGUUGAGGACAAAAAUUCUGUAAAUCUUGGUGAUUUAUAUCGCAAUUAAUUGAAAAAUAGAAAGGUUAAUUAUUUUCAAAAUUGUUCGACUUUUCACAGGUGUGAUUUUUCCUUAAAAUUAGUUUUCCCUCUCGUUUUGCUUUUGUCUAGACUUAGACUUACUACUUUAUGUAUCAGUACCACGACAGCGAUGGCAGCCAUGCUUUGAUAAGUAGGUUGACGAUUGGAUUUCCCUUCUUCGCUACCUAUUUAUGUCUCUCUCUCUCUCUCUCUUUCUUUGGAUCUUUUUCAGGCAUUUUUACGUGUAACUUGUUAUGCUGAUGCUUUUCAAUUCAAAAAUUCAACUAGUACAGGCUACGAUGAGGGCAAAAAAAGAGAAAGGUAAACAAGUGGGAAAACUCUACUCCUAACGUAAUAAGUUUCUUCUCUCUGAAUGUUUUUUAAAUUAUGAGAGUGGAGAGGGUAAGAAAUUGGCUCGAUGCAAUCCUUAGCUUUUAUCUAUGCAUUUUCUAUCUUGAAUUCACGAUAAGUACCUACUUAUUCAUUCAUUUGGUGUUUUAUUGCGUUCACCCUAACUCACCCACGCACUGACAGAACCAAAAUGGCGGUAAUUGCAAGUAAUGAACUUAUCCGCUCCCGGCGUUCCUCAGUUUACGGAACUCGUUUCGGAGAGAGAUCGGUAGUUGAGUGCCGUUGUAGCGGGAACGGUUAUGACGAGUUGCCGAUGGAUGUAGCCAGGAUUUUAGUCCGACGGGAAAGUUGCGACCGUCAAUGGUAGAUGAAGCGAUAUGCUUGAUCUGACGCAACUAGCAGUCUAAUAUUUAGGCAAUGAAUUAGACCAAAGGUGACGUGGAAUACAGACCCAUCCCUGCCGGACCUUGAUAUUGUUCGUUCUAAAGUCAGCUGGUUCCCAUACAGAGUUAGCCAACACCUACAAUGCAGCUACGACUUGGUUCUAUCUUGGCGAUCGAGAGUCGACUUCCGAUUCUGAGCCAAUGACAAUCCAAUUAACCUGCCUGUACUAACCCAGGCACGGCAUCGAGUGCUGGUCCAACUUUGUCAACCAAUGCUGGGUUGAUACUUGAACCGUCGUUUCUCCGGAUAUCGUAUCGACCCUUGACUCGACAUCGGAACCAAGCCUGGGCGGAAGUUAAUCCCACAAUCAACCCAGUUCAUGCUUCGAGUAUCGGUUCAUCCAUGUCAACCGUUACUCGAGAGAUGCUCGAACUGUUAUUCUCCAGGACUCGAUCCCGUGCCGUCGAUUACACAUUAAGUCGAAAGCUAGGCUGUUGCAAGUGCCAGAGUCCACCCAGAUGUGGGACUGAGCGACGAUUUUCUUAUGCCAAUUCGCUGUACGUAUAUCUCAUAUAUGAAUGCAGGAUUCAUAGUGCCUUGCAAACAACACACUAACAUUUUUCAUUACCGAAAACGUCCACCGACGAACACCAGGUCACUUAUUCAAGCUUAUUUUCACUCAGUAUCGAAUUCGCAGGUAUCUAAUCACCUCUUUUAAGUUCCGAUUACCCAACUAUGUAUAGCAUUAAUAUAAUCUGUUGCUUGAAUUUUGAAAACCAAUGCUAAAAUCAUCGAGAUUACGUGUGUUCUGAUUGUACGUGGCUGACGUGAGGCUUGUCAGCUCUGUUAGCUUUAGUCACCACAUGCGACAUAAGCCAAUAAAGUGUUUCAUCUCUUUUUAACCAAUCGUAUCAUUGGGAACUUUCAUUAUAUUUAUACGUAUCUGUUGAACUUUCGAAAUUAUUAAUUAUAAAUAUUUCUGUAGAUAAAUUAGUCGUUGCUACUGACAUCGAAACAAAGUAUCAAGGAAGCUCUUUAUAAUGCAAACUGAGACGUAAAAGACUUCUAUCUUUGACUCUUUCCGCGUAGUUGUUCACCAGCGUUACAGAUUGCUGCAACGUGGCUUAACCGAUGCAGAUCGUCUCUAAAUAUUUAAACUUUUAGCAAAAACAAAGGGAACAAUGUACAAGUGCUCGGGUUAGCAUGGCUAUUGUCUGCAAACGGAAAUGUCUCGUUUACUCAUAGUAAAUAUCCUGGCACUGACUCUGCUACUUAGGCGCGUCCAAUAAUGUAGAUUGGAAUAAAUGCAUACGAAUUUUCAUGUUGGUGAAAUUUAUAAUGGUCAUUUAAUAUAUCAUGUCAUUUUAAACAAUUUUCUAGCGUUUAUAAAUAUGAACACAUUUUCGCAAAUUAUACGUCUGUUGUAACAUUAUACCUAAAUUUUGGUGAACCCGGGCCAAACGCUUCACGGAUUCAAUUGAACUGGCGUUGACUGAAGAUAAAAAAAAGACGUUCAGCCCUUGGAUGAUAUUUCCUCCGGCUGGGUGUGUCCCUCUGGGUUUUCAGGGUGAUUCUAUUGUUCUGCGCCCACCGACCGGUCUUAUGGGAUCUAAAUGUAAAUCGAGUCGGCACUACGGAAAGUCACAAUUUCCCCUCCCGUCUUCGCCCCUCGGCCAUUCACCUCCCCUAGUCAGCGGACCAAAGUCAAUAAGUUUAACAGUCUUUAUAUAUCUUCAGCUGAGUUUUGUGCUCUGGCAGCCAAAGGAGGUGGACAUUUUUAUGUUUGCUUCGUUAUUCGGAUCUAACACAAUAAAUUCAAAUGUCGUGCUGAAAGUUCAGCUGUUAUCGCGAUUCAUACGUACAAAGAAUCGCAGGCUACAUCAAUCGAGACUCGUGAUGUUUUUGAAGCUCUAGAUCAAUCGAAUAAAUGUAUCGUGGAUAGUGUCAAUAGUAUAAAGCAAUCUCGACGUAGGCGAGAUAAAAAAUAUAAAAAUUUGGAAAAUGCAGUGAAAGUGAUCAGUGCCAGAACGAAUGAUACCGAAAAAUCUCACGAAACGUUGAAAUUAUUGCUACUUAAGGUGCCAGUCAUGAUACGACAGACAAAAAUUUGGUAACGAGACCCCGAAAUCGCAAAGUAGGCUGAAAUCAAUAUCCCAGCAGUGUUUAUUUCUACUGUGUUCCGUACAGAAAAACAAAUAGGUCGGAGGCCCAAGUCAAUAAAACUGAUUGCCCUUAGGCUGAGAAAACCUUUUCUAACAAACUGGAAGAUCUCGAAAAUCUUAAUUACACGAUCACAAAUGAUAUUUAUAAAAACGAAAGGGAUGUUGUUGAAAGAUUGUUAAGAAUGAGGUAUAUGUCUACUCAAAAAGAAUGAUUAAAAAAUUCAGACAUCACGAUCAACGAAAGCGUACUAAAUGGAACUACUUCACAGACGUUGAAAUUUGUAAAAUUUUCCGACGAAAGGAGAUAUUGGCAUGACAACAAACGUGCCGUAAAAAUAGUAUUUUCCUUCGGUACUUUUCAUCACUUUGCAAACCAAUUGAGUUACUGGAAGUACCAUCACGUAUGAUCCAAUUUUUUUACCGUCACAAUUCUUUUCUUUUCACACAAUGGUUCCUUCAUGUUUCAUGGAAUUGUUUCUUAUUUCGUUAUUUUAUCCGUUUCAUAUAAAUUUGUAUAAAAUUUUUUACGAACGUUGAAUGUACUGUGUCGAAGUCAUUUGAGUUUUGUGAAUUUUUGUCGCCGGAACCAUACGAACAAAGAAAUCUGGAUAUGGCAAUUUUUCAUCCUCAUCAUUUGAAUGUGGAAUCAUGCGAAUAUCAUAGUUUUUCAUCCAACUGUUUCCGAGAUCAGCACGGGAGUUUGUCAGAAGAAACUGAUAGACCGCGACAGAACGACGUUUUCCUAGAAACCUAUUUUUCGGAUAGCGGAGGCCCGAAACGUAAAGAUUCAUUGAAAUUGAAAAACGUCACUUACGACCGAAACCAAUACUUUUCUUAUAUGACCACAAGUGAUGAAUUUUACAUCAUUAGAAAAUACCGGUGAGAAGUAAAUGAAAAAUGAAAGAUUCUUCAUUCUCACAACCUGAUACCAAAAAUGACCAAAAUAUAUGUGUAUACACAUCGCACAUCUAGAACCACAAGGCAAAACAGAGUAUAGCAAUCAACGCAUUAGCUAGAUAAUUCAAGUAAGGAAAUGUUUCAAGAUGACUCCGAGUCAUCGACUCAAUACAGAGACGAUCUACAGAAAACAAAGCAAUCAAAAAUUUUAUACCGAAAUGUAUUAGGAAUGAAUAAUUUUAUGAAUAUUAAACAUUCAGUAGUCAAUGUAGACGUUCCAUGCUUAGCGGAAACAUGGCAUCGGAAAAAUUACUAUCGCUAAUGCAGCUGGCCGAAUAAAAUUUGAUAAAUUCGUAUGCUAUUCAUUGUCAGAUGAAGACAAACGGAAGGGUAAAAGACGGCAUAACAAUGGCGGUGCAUAAAGGAGUUUACAAAUAUGCGACUAUCGCAUGCGCGGUGGAUACGUUAGCAGUAACGAUUGCAAGUUUUAACUCGGAAUUUAUUUCAAUUCUAACGUACCUUGACCUCCUAUAGAGUUUAGUAUAGUUGUAAGAAAACUGAGGAAAUGAUCACAUAAUAUUUAUAAUCUAUAUCAGGAUAUUCCGAUUAUAAGAUGUGGCGUUUUUAACUCACAAAUUGGGGUAUUAAAUAGUUCGACCGCAGAACUAUGCGACCAUUUUUCACACGCUUAUCCUGCACGAUCAUCACUCGACUUGGUGGUGAAUCAUCGCGGUAUUAAAUCUUGUAGAAUGUUUUGAGGAAAGCGGCAUUGUUAUCUUGAUUGGAAGAUAUCCGUGUGAUUCUCCGAGUCAUACUUAUUACGGAGCAGGAGGCUUCGAUAAGAUAGAUCUUAUAGCUUGUCCCGACAAGCAUUUGAAUUUAAUUACUCAAUAUAAACGUUCUCGAGGUUGUUAAUAAUUCUGAUCAUACGCCUGUUAGAAUUAGAUCAUAACCCUCAAUUCGAACACUAUAGUUAUAAAACCAGUGAAAGAACACAGGUUGAAUUCAAAUGAGACAAGAAUUCAGAAGACGAUUAUACAUUUAAUAUGCAAUGUUCAAAGUCAGUAGUGUGGUUUUCAGGUAUAUCAGAUCGGCUAAAUGAUGACUUGAUUAAUUCUAUCAAAGAAUAAUCCACUACAGUAGGCUUGAAUAAAUCGCUAAACCGAUAUUUUAUUAUUCACUAAAAAAAAUCGAUGGUAUGGCGCAGAAUGUGAAAAAGCUAAACGUAAGUUCAAAUUACAACUGAGAAGAUGUGAAAAAAAAAACUUCUAUCGAAAUGAGCACUUUGGAAUACAAGGAAGCAACAGACUUACAAAAAUCUGUUAUCUUUAAAUGAAACAAUUGUGAUUUGGAAAUGAAGAACUAGUUGCUGGAUUCCAGAAGCUCGGAGUAACUUUGGAAUACGAUUAUUGGAUAAAGAAAAAAAAAGUACAAUCCAAAUUCAAUUAAAGCGAAAAAGUGGCAUGACUAUUUGAAGAAAAUUUACUAAAACAGAAAAGCUUUUAAUACUGACAUGUUAGAUGUGAGACACCCAUUAUUGGAUUCCUCCAUAUCUCAAGACGAAAUUAUUUGUAGUUUAAGUCUGUGUAAAAAUCGUAAAUCUCUAGGGGCCAACGGUAUGAAUGAUGAGUUUUUUAAGUACCUUCGGACCAAUCUGUUCAAUCAAAUAAGGCAAGAGGGAAAGGUUCCUUCAAUGUGGUUCACAAUAUAUGCGUCUAUUUUGUAUGGAAAAAAGAGAUUCAGAUGACCCGUCAAACUGUAGCUGAAUUUCGCUAGUAAAUUUAAUCGCAAAUAUCUUCACUCAAAUCUCAUACGAACGACUGUCAAAUCGCUCUAUGAUCAAGCUAAUUUUCGUAAUAAUGAAACUGUACUGAUAUUUUUUUACUCAAUUCUCUAACCCAAAUACAGCUUAUCGCUUGUUAAUGAAACGGAAAUAAUUUCCUUUGUAUCAUUUCAUACCUACAGAUUUUCUACAUACGUUUGAGUCCAUCAAGUAUUUUUAACUAUGGGUGAAACUUUUCAGCAUGAAUUUAAACUCGUCGUUCAUCAGAAUUUGUAAAAAUGUCUACGAUAAUACCGAAAUUCCAGUCUGUAGAACUCAAUGUAAGUAUGAACAUGUUGACGUUACAGAAAAAGUUACACUACAGGGAGAAACAACGAUUCCGAAACGUUCGUAAGGAAAAACGAAGCUAAAGUAAUAUCUUUGAAUCGCAGACACAAAAUCCUCUUUCUUACGUCUGCAGAUGAGCGAUUACUAUUUAGAAAAUCCCCUCUAUCUCAAUUCAAAUCGAUGAAAGAAAUCUAAGAUUUCAAUCUUUCAUGAAGGCGGAUUAAGUAACAAAUACCGAUAUAACUUUACAUGUGCAGACAAGCAACUGCGAAUAGUAAAGAAAUUUUGCUAUCCCAGCAGAAAUUUUUCUAGCUCAUCAUCGGAUUUAUUUUAUGGGACUUGCAACAAAGCGAAACACUCAGUGUAAAUAGCGACAAGAUCAAUAAUUCAUAUUUUACAUUGCGUUCAAACGGAUUAUUCGCAAACAAAGGAUAAAUUAUUUAAUGCUUCAGCAGUCAGUGUACUAUUUUAUAAUAUAGAAAAUUGCGGGAUGUGUUAUCUGUUGGAAAUAAAUGUAUUUUAAACAUUUUCCUAUAAGCAUGUAUUCAAUCUUCCUAAAUAUUGAUCAAAUUAUACCGUCAGAAUAGAAGUAGGUACACCUCCGCUAUCUUCUGAAAUAAUUAUGAUAACUUUUAAUUAGAUUAUUGAAAUCAAAAAUAUGCCGAAGAACGAUAUCCCAAAAUAUGUUUGAAUAAACUAAUUCAUCGUUCACUGAAUAGACACACACAAAUUAAAUGUACAGCUGGAUCUUACAAAUCAAUAUUUUAUGUAAAGAACCUAGUGUGAAUAAAACUUUUGUCAUCAACGACAACUUUAUGUAAUUAAGUGACGAGCUCAUUAGCGGACACUAAAAUAAAAUGGCAGGGGAGCAAAAAAUGAUGUUAUGAACCUUUAGAAUAAUAUAAACAAUUUGAGAAGUUAAUGAUAAAUAAUAAAAUUAUGAAACCCAACUCGAAAUCAAUAUGUAACGCUUGCUGUAUGCCAGACCAAGAGAAAUACAAUUUAAUAGCCGUAUCUAAACUUUAUUCCGAACUAAGAUAUUCAAUGUAUGGUACAAAUUUUAUCAUCCUUACGGACAUAGUUUAAUCCGGAUUCUGUUAGUGGAGCGAAUAAGCUGUGUACAUUUCUUAAAAGGGCAUCCGUAAUAUUUUGCGAGAAUUGAAAUGAAUAAUCGCGUACAAUACUAAAAAUACAUUAAAUAAAAAAAUAUAUAUAUACAUAUAACGUAUAAAUUGAAGUAAAAUAAAAACAAAUAACA